AUGGCAAGACCAGGUAAAAGAUGCGGAUCUCCGCUGGGAACAAGACUAGACGGCCGCUUGAUCGCGUUCAAGGAUAACAUCUGCACUCGUGAUCUGCCUACAACAUGCGCUUCGAAAAGCCUCGAGACCUUUACAAGCCCAUUCAACGCGACGGUCGUUGGGCAAUUGGAGAAAGCCGGAGCCAUUGUCGCUGGAAAGACCAACCUAGAUGAGUUUGGUAUGGGAUCGCAUUCAAUUCAUUCACAUUUCGGACCGGUCAAGAGCGCACGAUGCGGAGAUGCAGGCCACCUUUCGGCCGGAGGAAGUUCUGGCGGGAGCGCAGUUGCUGUCGCUACAGACCAAUGCUAUUCUGCGAUAGGGACGGACACUGGCGGAUCGGUCCGCCUUCCUGCUGCGUUUACAGGGAUAGUUGGAUUCAAGCCGUCCUACGGGCUGGUCUCUCGAUGGGGUGUUGUCGCAUACGCAAACUCACUGGACACAGUUGGGAUUCUUGCGAAGCGGACAUCAACAGUCAGGGAUGUCUUCGGCGUCCUGAACCAGCAUGACCCUCGGGACCCGACAAGCCUUCCUCCAUCGUCACGUUCUCGGAUAGCAUCGAAACUAGAUCUCUCCUCCCGGCCAGUCUCCCCUUCCCUCCGAAUCGGCGUUCCUCUCGAAUACAACAUAUGCGAACUCGCCCCUUCUGUGCGGCGGGCAUGGUAUCGCUCAUUAGAGCACAUGCGCCAGCAAGGACAUACCAUCCAUCCCGUCUCUCUUCCAAUGACAAAGUCAGCGUUGUCAGCAUACUAUAUACUCGCCCCCGCCGAGGCAUCCUCCAACCUGGCAAAAUACGAUGGCGUACGGUACGGUACGCAAACCGUCGGCCGCGACAGCGACGAGGACAAAUCAGAGAGCUACCUCUACGCGAAAACAAGAGGCAAAGGCUUCGGCUCCGAGGUCAAGCGACGGAUUAUGCUCGGCGCAUUCAGUCUCAGCGCCGACGCCAUCGACAACUACUUCCUCCAGGCCCAGCGCAUCCGACGCCUUGUCCGGCAUGACUUUGACGCCGUGUUCAGAGCGGAGCACCCUCUGCCUGCAUCUAGCACCGAACAGCAAAGCGAACAAGCUGGCGUCGAUGUCCUCAUCUGCCCGACUGCGCCUUCUCCGCCGCCGAGCAUAUCGGAUCUCACGGGCACUAGUGGAGCAAAGUCACCACUGGAUGCCUAUGUCAAUGAUGUCUUCACGGUGCCUGCGAGCUUGGCUGGUCUCCCAGCUAUAUCCGUUCCUGUAUCGGGGAGGAGCAACGGCGAGGGGCAUGCAGAAGGGGAUCUCGCGGGGAUUCAGGUAGUCGGCCAGUAUGGUGAUGAUGAGCUUGUUCUGAAAGUAGGAGAGCUGCUGGAAGGGUAUGGGAUAUAA